CUGGGACUUCGAAGCAUUUCUUCUCCUCCCACUCUUUUUAUUCCCCCUAUUUUCCCCCACAGGCCAUCAUUUUAACCAACAAGCAGCAUUUUCAGGUACAAGUGUUCCCAUUAUCGCCUUGAGGGAAUUUUUAUUUCCUUUCUGGACUCGUUUGGGAAAGGAUUUCCUGGCUUUUUUUUUAAACAACUGGAGAGACUCGACCAAGUUUCCCCCUCCUCCUGGUCUCUGCCUGAGGAAUGAGAGGAUCGCUGGGGAAGAAGAGCCGAAACUCUCAGGUCUGAGCGAACAAAAGAACAGAAACGGAGGGAACUGCUGCCGAAAAUGGAGGAAAAUACUUUCCCUGGAGCAACACCUCCGGGCUCGGCCCUAAAAACAACCUUGUUGAGGCCUGACCCAGAAGGAGAAAGCAGCCCCCUGAAGAUGGACGGCACCCAGCAGAUUGAGGCUCCGGUUAAAAAGGAAACGGAUAAAAGACCGACGACCCCAGUGAAACCAGGCCUCUCUCGAUCACCAUGCUCUCCGGCAUCACCUAUACACAGGUCAAAAAGAGAUGUCCCAAAGUCAGAGGAGAGACAGAAGCUUGCUAAAGAACGCAGAGAGGAGAAGGCCAAGUAUCUAGAAGAGCUCAGCAAGUUGCAAGCUGCCAAAAAGAACCAGUGGCUGGAGAAGGAGGAGAAGGCGCGGCAGCUGAGGGAGCAGCAGCUGGAGGAACGUCGCAGGAAGCUGGAGGAGCAGCGGAUCAAAGCAGAGAAACGGCGAGCUGCUUUGGAAGAGAGGCAGAAACAGAAACUGGAGAAGAACAAAGAACGCUACGAGGCCGCAAUCCACAGAUCAACCAAGAAGACAUGGGCGGAAAUCCGUCGGCAGAGAAGCUCAUGGGUCGGUGUGGUUUCCCCCAACUCCAGCCAGAAAGAGAGCAGAUGCUCUGUCUCUGCGGUCAACCUUCCCAAACAUGUGGACUCUGUUCUAAACAAGCGACUCUCCAAGUCCUCGGCCACACUCUGGAACUCCCCCAGCAGAACCCGCAGCCUUGCACUGACUCCAUGGGAGAGCAGCAUUGUUGACCGGUUGAUGACGCCCACCCUGUCGUUUCUCGCCCGCAGCCGCAGUGCUGCUAGUGUCCUCAAUAACGGAAAAGAUGGACACUCUCCUCUGUGUCCUCGUUCAGCCUCUGCCAGUCCCCUUACCCUGUGUGCCCACCAGCCCCACCACCGCUGCUCUGACCACUGGAGGGUGACGUCUAGCACGCCGGACAUCACUCAGCGGCAUCAAAGACGAAGCUCCACCCCCAUGGAUAAGAACAAGAAAGAGAAGCGAGACAAAGAGCGAGAGAAUGAGAAGGAAAAAAAGGCCAUCACAAAAGAGAAGGUUCUACAGAAGAGGCAGUCUCUGCCCAGUAUGAGGCACAGACCCGACCCAAGUCCAAGUCCUUUAUCAAGACGGCCGGCCUCCCCGGCCACUCCCAAAGGCAGAACUGCUUCUCCUAGCCCUGCUGACUCCCCAAAGCCCCCAUCCUCACGUGGGAGCCCAGCUACUCCUAAGGCCCGACCAAAAAGAGCCAGCACCCCAGCCAGGAUAGACCGAACAUCUUCCCCCGCUCCAUUAGAGAGGGUGAAGGAACCUCGCAGGCCCAGCACUCCAGAGAAACAAGAAAGAAAGAGUUCCCCUGUGACUCCUGCCAUCACAGUUUCUUCUGCUGCUUCCACGCCUCAAAAGCCCAGUGUGCCAUUCGCCGCCGGCGCCAUGCCUGCUCCUUCCCAACCGGAGCCGACCCUGCCUUCAGCUCCGCCGGUCCGCGCGGUGUCACCUUUACCCUCUCCAUCAACCAAGCCUAUGGCAGGCACCAACGACCCAGAGGAGGCUGCUCGCAUCCUGGCAGAGAAACGUCGACAGGCCCGAGAGCAGAGAGAGAGGGAGGAGCAAGAGCGCCGCGAAAAGGAGGAGAAGGAGAGGAUCUUAAAGGAGGAGCGAAUAGCCAGAGAGGCAGAGGAGAGACUCCGCCGGGAAGAGGAGGCCCGGGCCAUGGCUGAGGAGCAGCGGAGGAGGGACGAAGAAAAGCAGCUUCAAGAUGAGAAGGAGGCCCAGGAGAGAGCCAGAGCUGAGCAGGAGGAGAACCUACGCUUACAGAAACAGAAAGAAGAGGCUGAGGCUAGAGCCCGGGAGGAGGCGGAGAAACAGAGACUGGAGAGAGAGAAACACUUCCAGAAGGAGGAGCAGGAGAGACUGGAGAGAAAAAAGCGUCUGGAGGAGAUCAUGAAGAGGACACGCAAGACUGAUGGGGGUGAAAAGAAAGAGACUAAAUCCACCUCAGUCACUUUUGCCAAUGGGAGUCAGGCGGAGAGCAGCAAAGUAUCUGCUGCCAGUCAGCCGAAACAGGAUGAGAGCCUGCCCAACAACAAGACAGAGAAUGGACAGAGUCAUGUGACCCAAAGCUUGUCGGUGGUUAAUGGGCUCCAGCCCACGAGGCAUGAAAAUGGUCUGUCCUCUAAAGGAGAUGCUGCUCCUUUCGAAGACUUUGUUCACCUCACAAACCAGGACAACACCGCCAAUGGAGCGCGGGAAAAGUCUGAGAGCAGCGCGUCCUCUGAGCCCAUCCUUGCUUUUGAAAGUGAGGAGUCCUUCAUGAAGAAAGCGGGCCCCAUGAAGCCGCAGCAUGUCGCAGAGGUCCUGUGACGUCUUCCAGUGUUCCUGCCGCCUUAGAUUGUCCUGAACCUUGCCAACGCUCCAACAGUGAGCCGUGUGACCUGUGCCAAUCAUAAAUAUCUAUGCUCUCCAAAGUUAAUAUGCCAUUCUGAAGAGGAAGGCUCCCACAGAAGAAAGCGCACAGGAUGAUCGGUGCAAAUGCAGCACAGAUGCAUCAAUUUCACCACAUGUAAAGAUCCCAACGCCCCCUGAUUCAGGACUCUACAACACUCGGCAGCAUCCUUGCUUCCUACUGACUAUAUUGCAGAUAAAUAAUUCAUUAUUUGUUCUUUAGUUAUUUAACUGAAAGGAAAAUAUAAAGGACUGUCCACGUUUUUGUGAAUACUGUAAAUGAACUUUGUUUCAGAGAAAGAAGAAGCCACUUUGUGGUUUUAAAGCUCGACAAAAGGGAUUCUCUUCUGCCAAGAGCAGAAAGUAUCAAUGUAAAACUCACUUGUCCUACAGCUUGGUUUGUAUAGAGCUUCAGGAGCAGAUUUUGUAAAGUUAAAGAGAAACAUUUUAAAUGGAAGCUGAUGAAAAAACAGCUUCUCAGUGUCUACUAGCUUUGAAUGAUUGUAUGCAAAACCUGGAUGUACUAAUGAAGUGUUCACAUCUGUUAUAAGUCAUUUUCCUACAAAAGGAAUUACUCCUGCUGUAGUGAUUUGUUCUCCCACUCUUCUUCAAGCAUGACAGUUUUCUCUCAUUUACAUUGAGAUUCACUGAACCUGUAGGUGUUUGAAAAGCUGUAAAUGUUCUGAAUUUAAUUUUGCUGUGUUGUUAAAAUCAGUGGGAGUAUUCUAAGUCUUAAUAAAGACAGGCAGUCUACUCUGGGGUCUGGCU